GUGACAACUAAAGAAAAGUAGCAAAAUAACAUCACAACUUUAUAUUACAUAGCAGUUACAUUUUUCCUAAGAAAAAAAAUUCAACUUUAAUUCAUUUAAAUUGAAUCUCUCACCCCAAUACAAGAUCAAUCUCAAUUUCAACCUCUCACCAUGACAACUCUAAAGAAUGAUACAAGUAGUGACAUUGAAUCAAUUGAUCAAGAAAUUGGAGAAGAAACACAUCUAGAUCUAACAAAUUCAUCCACAGUGAUCAAAACAAUGCAGCAGAAUCUGCAUGCAGAUGAAAAGUCAAGCACUAACAAAAGGUACAUGUCCCUUUUGGUAAUUAACUACCUUUUUCUUUUUGUAGGGUCACUUUCUUCAAGUUUACUCUCAAAGUACUAUUUUAUUCACAAAGGUUCAAGUAGAUGGGUUUCAACUUUUGUUCAAUCUUCAGGUUUUCCUCUCUUAAUAAUCCCAAUUUUUUCCCCUUAUUAUAUUUUAAAAUCAACAAAAAGAAAACCCUUUUCAGAUUUCAACCUAAAAAUGUUAACUUUAUCAAUUUCAAUUGGUUUAAUGUUGGGAAUCAACAACCUUUUCUUCUCAUGGGGAAAUUCAUAUCUCCCUGUUUCAACCUCUGCACUUUUGCUAUCUUCACAACUAAUUUUCAAUCUUUUUCUCUCUGUCAUAAUUGUGAAGCAAAAAAUCACUUUUUCAAAUCUCAAUUGUGUAAUCCUUCUUACCUUAAGUUCUAUCCUUCUAGCAUUGGAUUCUAGUCACGAGAAGCCAAAUGGGGUGACAAAAAAAGAGUACUUUAUUGGAUUCUUUUGCACAAUUGCUGCUGGGUUGUUGUUUGCAUUGUAUUUACCAGUUAUGGAGAAGGUUUAUAAAGAGGUUUAUUGUUAUAAAAUGGUAAUGGAAAUGCAAUUUAUAAUGGAAAUUUCAGCUACUCUUUUGGCUACUAUAGGUAUGUCAUUAGAUGGUGGAUUUCAUGAUAUGAAGGAAGAAAGUGAGAAAAUUUUUGAUAAAGGAAAAAGAGUUUAUUGGGUGACUGUUAUGGCUAAUGUGGUGACGUGGCAGUUUUGUUUUAUGGGAACAGCUGGGAUGGUUUUUUUGACAUGUUCAUUAACUGGUGGGAUUUGUAUGACAGCUUUGUUGUGUAUGAAUGUGUUGGGAGGUGUUUUGAUGUUUAGAGAUGAAUUUGGUGGUUUUAAGGCUGUGUCAACUGUUUUGUGUAUGUGGGGGUUUUGUUCUUAUGUUUAUGGUAUGUAUGUUAAGAUGGUUGAAGAGAAAGGUAGAAUGAGGAAUCAAAAUGAGUAAUCUACUGAGAUGGUGUAUAUUGGGAAUCAUCCUUUGACUCACUGAACUAAUUUAGUAGGAAUGGGAGCAUUUUCAUGUAUUUUGGUAGUGAUUUUGAGAAGUUAAUCUUUGAAUUAGGUUGAGUGGAACAGAGUUUGAAAUCUUAUUUUGCAUUUUCUCAAACACCUAUUAUUUGAAUAAAACUAAUGAGUUUUUUUUUUUGUCA